CUACGCCAUAUGCUUGAACCAUGGCUUGCAAGGCAUGCCGCGCAAAGAAGAUCAAGUGCGACCGCGUCCGACCCGUUUGCCAAAACUGCAGACAACGUGCCAGCCUCUGUUCUUACGCUGGCGAGCGACGGGUGCGCCGAUGGACAGAAGCCGACGCCGAGAACAGAUGCCGUUCCAUCUCUCAGAAUGAUCAAAGCCCGAGUGUGGCCGACAUAGAUCAGCAUUCCGUGCAGAGACUGCCCGAUGCCGACCCCGCUGCACACCAGAAUCAACCGAGACCAUGCCCCCAGCCUACUGCCGGCUCAUCGCACUUUAUGGCUGACGGGACCGCGCAGAAUGACGCUGGAUUAGAUCUUGGCUGGAAUCCCGCCGCUCCGUCAGACUGGCAAGUCAUGGAUGCGAAUUCCAUGGCUAAUCUCUUCGCUCAGAUGGCCCGCGACAGUGAGGUCAUCCUCCAAAAUCCCGCCGGUUCCACCUCAACUAAAGGUGAGAGUCUGCUUGACAAGAUCCUAGACGGCGAUGAGGACUUGGACAGCCUCAAAGACGCCAGUCCGGCCCUGUGGGGCCGAAGCAAUGACGGUGAUGAGUACACCGGCCCCUCCUCCGGCAUCUCCACCGUUUCCGACCUCGGUCUCAGCUGGAUACGAGAGAAAGUACCCGACUCGGAUAUUCUCUGCGAGACUAUUCAAGAUUUACGAAAAGGUAUCUUGAGUCAUAUUCGCCAACCAAAGUGUAUCACCCAAGACUUGCCACUCGCUCUAUUGACGCCUCAUCGGAUUCUCGACCUUCCCCAGUCGCAGCUACUAGAGUAUGUCGAUGCCUAUUUCACGCAAGUCCAGGUCGUCUUCCCCAUCUUAGACCCCGACACCUUUCAUUCUCAGCUGGCUGAAAUGGGAGGUGGUUCCGGUGCUGUUCAAAAGCCGUCUUGGAUGGCAUUGUUGAACGUCGUCGUGGCCUCAGGACUUCGAGCUUCACUCUCUGACGAAACAUCUGAGGCUUUUCAAACAUCCGGAUCUGAAGCGUGGGGAUACUUCCGGUCAGCUCUAUCGUACGAGUCUCAGAUUGUUCACGGUGCCACCGACCUGUUGGCCGUGCAAGCAAUAGCUUUGAUGGCCGUCUUUGCGCAAGGGCUGUCAAGUCCCCAGAGGCUGGAAUAUACACUUUCCUCGGUGGCUUCACGGCUAGCACAAAGUAUUGGACUCAACUGCACCCCACCCCCCGAGUGGAACCUUUCUGAGGUUGAGAAGAAGGAGCGGAAUCGCGUCUUCUGGACAGUCUAUUGUCUGGACAAGUCAAUCGCCUUACGCUGUGGCCGACCUGCAGUUCUCUGCGACGAAGAAAUUAGCUGUCGCUUCCCGCAAGGAAUCGACUUGGUCCAUUCGAGGUCAGGAGAUACCGACACCGAGAUAGGCGAAAAAACGUUGGAGGUUGACUUCUUUCGAUACUUUGCAAAGCUUGCGCGCAUCGGCGGGGACAUAUCCCGGUCCUUGUAUUCUGCGAGCGCUCUCUUUAUUCCAAUGUCUCGGCUAGUUCCAACGUUGGAUCGAUUGCUUCGAGAUUUGGAGGAAUGGCUGGAGUCUAUUCCAGCCAAAGUCCGGCCCGGUAGACCACUAAGCAAAGUCCUUGGGAGACAGGGGCUAUCACGAGUACAGAUCAUUGUUCUGCAUUCAUCCUAUUACUACGCGCUGUGCUCCAUCUUUCGACGAGGAUCACCCAUGUUCAAUCAAGGUAACCGGAUUAUAGAACACCUAAUUGAUAGGAGGUCUCAUAUAUCACACAUCGAGGCUGCAAGAUCGAUUGUCUUACUCACAAAGCACCUCGAUAUCGAGAGCUUCACUCCCGCAUGGCUCGUCUUCUACUAUCCAUUCACAGCCUUGACCACAAUCUUCAUUCAUGUAGUAUCCAACCCACACGAUAGCCGCAACCAGAGCGACAUAGCCCUCAUGGAAACUGUCGUUGGAUUCUUUGGUCGCCUCGAAUACGUCACAUCCGGCGAAGCUGCCUUUACAAAAACGACAGAAUUUGUCAGACAGGCCCGAAGGGUUAUCGACAGUUACAAAAAUAAGAGCGAUAGCCGAAAUCUCCAAAGCACAACGAGCUAUGAGGAUAGCAUGACGUCUAUGGAGAUGCCCCUGCAGGAAGGUGCCUCUACGCAAGGUAGACCAACAGAGGUGGUGGAGAUGUACGCGAGCAAUUCAAACACUACUAGCCACGACGUCGAUGCAUCAAAUACCGCAGGCAUUGGUUUGCUCCCCCAGGUCGAAUCUUCGCGAAUGGAUACCGUUGGCGGAGAGGAUCAUCCUGUGUCUGGCGUCCCAAAUGAUCGGAUCAUAGGCGUUCCGCAUAAUAGCCAUGCACUCUACUCCGACGUGGCUAAUUUUGCAGUGCCCAAUGUCGGAGACUCGAUCCAAGUCCAGUGGUAGUAUCCCAUGGAGUGCGGAUGGACAACACUUUCGCCAAGGGCGGGGUAGAGCCAAUAAGGGCUUGCAAAUCUAUUAAGUUAACCAAUAGGGCUGCAG